UGAUCUCUUAUUUUUCACAGUGUAAUGGGACAGGGAGAUGAAAUUGGCAUUUUGCCAAGAUUCUGUGAAGAGUUGUUUGAAAGGAUCAAAUGUUGGAAAGAGCUGCAGUUCACAGUGGAAAUAAGUUACUUUGAAAUCUAUAAUGAGAGGAUUCAUGACUUGUUGGCAUCAAGUAAAAAGAAAGAUGGCAAAAGAGCUCAGUUGAGGGUCAGAGAGCACCCAAUAUUGGGACCAUUUGUUCAAGAUCUGACUACGUACACUGCAAGUUCAUAUGCAGAUGUUGAGUCUUGGCUAGCUGUUGGAAAUAGUAUUAGAGCAACAGCCGCCACAGGAAUGAAUGACAAGAGCAGUCGUUCUCACUCUGUUUUCACCCUGGUCAUGACACAGACAAGGACUGAGAUAUUUGAAGAUUCAGAAACACAGAUGACGACAGCCAGUAAAAUAAAUCUGAUUGACUUGGCUGGAAGUGAGAGAGCAAGUCAGGUGUUGAAUGACCAGGUGGUCAAGACAGCUGAGACUGCAGCACUUAGACUCAAGGAAGGAGGCAGCAUUAACAAGUCCUUACAUACACUUGGUAAAGUGAUAUCUCUACUGUCAGACAGAGAAGCUCAGUCCAAAAAGAAAAUGUACAUACCUUACAGAGACUCCACUCUUACUUGGUUACUGAAGGACAGUUUGGGUGGAAACUCAAAGACAGCCAUGAUAGCUAAUAUCAGCCCUGCCAGCACUUCAUUUGGAGAAUCACUGAGUACUUUGAGAUAUGCCCAGAGAGCGCGUACAAUUGUCAACAGAGCAAUCAUUAACGAGGAUCCAAAUGCGAAGAUCAUUAGAGAAUUAAAAGCCGAGAUCGAGAGAUUAAAACAGUCUCACGUUGAAGGGAACCAGCAGAUAAGCGCCAGAGCCUUGGCUGAAGUUGCUUCGUUGAGAGAGAAGCUGAAGGAGACACAACGCCUAUUGGCUGAGUCAACUCGGAACUGGCAAGAAAAACUUGCGAUAACGGAAAAAAGGAAACUGGAAGAAGCCGAAAAGCUCAAGAAAGCAGGCAUCUCUUUUAAAGUGGAUAAUCGGUUACCAAACCUUGUUAAUUUGAACGAAGAUCCUCAGCUGUCGGAAAUGUUACUGUAUAUGCUGAAAGAAGGAGAGACUACGGUUGGUCAGAAUGAUCAUGAUAUUAAACUGAGCGGUGCACUUGUUGCUGAAACGCACUGUGUCUUGCGAAAUAACGGGGACAAGGUUACAGUUUCACCGAUAGGAGAUGCGCUAACAUACGUCAACGGCCAGCUUAUUAUAGAAGAAACAGUCCUUCAUCAUGCUGAUCGUGUGGUUAUUGGAGGUGAUCACUUCUUCAGAUUAAAUCAUCCUAAAGAAGUGAAAAAGAGAAAGAUAAGUAAAUCUGAAGCUCCAGAAGGGAACACUCCAGAGGCCGCCGUUUUAAAGGACUUCGAGUUUGCAAGGAACGAACUGGCUCAAGCACAGAAUGCAAGGCUGCAAGCGGAACUCGAGGAAGCCAGAGAAGAAGCGAGAAUUCAGGCCCAGGAGGAAAUAGUGGCUCGAAUACAGGAAGCAAAGGAAGCUGCCCAGCAAGAAAUGACGGAGCAGAAGCAAAUCUACGAAGAGAAGGUGUCAACUCUACAUGAAGCCAUGGAAUCUCUCACCGCUGAAAAGGAACAAGCUGAACAGUCAAAGCAAACAGCAGUGGAAAAGAUCUCUGAAUUAAAGGCACACAGACUGCUCCUGGAACAAGAAAUCUUGAACAAUAGAAAGAGACUACAAAUGGAAGCACUCGCUGCCAAACAGGCUUUAGAAGAAACCAAAAUGAACCAGGUACGAAUAAUCACAGAAUUGGAAAAAGAAAAGAAGAAAAUGCAAGAUGAUGUACUAAAGCUGAAAGAGGCGAAGCAAAACCGCGACAAAAUACGAGAAGAAUUUAAAGCGUCUUUUAAUAGUAUUGGAAGGAAAAAUUCCUUGGCAGAUGAUCCGAACAAGAAGGAAUUGCUGCGUAUCACCAUGUUUCUACGAGAAGCCAACAAGAUCAGCCAGAGUUUAUCAAAAAACAUUACCUUUAGCCGAGAUGAUGUCGUAGUGGACGGAAAGUCGGAAAUGAAGAUUCGUUUGAACAACACAAAGAAAGGUUUAACGACCAUUUGGUCCUUGGAGAAAUUUCAAAGUGCCUUGGAGCAGAUGAGAGAGCUUUACCAGCAACGCGACAAUGACAGCAUCUCAGGAGAGUCUGGGGACGAAGUUGAUCCUUUUAAUGACCCGGAUGAUAAAUGGGAGAAAGAUUUCAAAUUGGACUCGGCAAGUAACAGACGCAGCACUUCCACCAGUAGUUCAGGGCUGUCAUCUCGUGCCAGGUCAUCAUCGGCUGGAAAGGCACAAGGAUUCUCUCCCAACAAAGCGGAAAGCAUAUUUGCUAAGUAUCGUAAUCAGCAAACCCAAGGAUCUACUACAGAGGCUCCUGAGGCACCUUCUGAUGACCAAGGGACUUCAUCUGAGAGGCCUGUCCCAGACACACCCGGCAGACCUCCUGUGGCCCCGAUCAGUAGGCGAAAGAGCGAAACCAGAAGACCUGGACCGUCCUUACCUAGACUUUGUAGAGAUUCCCUGAAGAAUUAUGUGGAUUCAUUGAAAGAUCUACCAAGUCCGUUUAAUGAGCCGAUGUAUGAGAAAGUCUUGAGAGUCGUGAAGGAGAUUAAAAAAAGUGUUGCCACCCUCGUAAAAGCAAAUCAAGAUAAAAUAACGUCUGUUGCAGAAGGUCAUCAGUGCUGUGUUUCUACCACCAUUUCCUUACAAAUGCUCUCUGAGCAUGUGCGAAUGUGGGGCACCGCUGAAAUUAACAAUGAGCCGUUUGUUGAGUUGAGCUCUCAGCUUCUUGACACUGUCCGGCGAUUGGCUGGUCACGUGAUCGGUAUCAUCGAGAUCCUUGACGGUUCAAGUUCAAACAUAGACGAUCUUGUUGGGGCUUUCAACGAUGACGUCAUACACAUCGUACGUCACACAGCCAAAAUGGCUGUUCUGUCUUCGCAAGAAGAAAAACCGAAAGACGAGAACACCUCCUCAGUGUGUGAGGCUGACAGUGAAUUAAACAAGGCGUUUGUAGAGGGACAAGACAUGUCCAUGGAGCUUUCCGUUCGUGACUCCAUGUCUGCUCUCUCUGAAAUUCAGGAAAAAAUUCAAACGAGAGAUUUGGACUCUUGCAGUACUGGGGUGGAAAGAGAAAUCACGGAACAUGCUGUUGCUCUCGUAAGAACCACCAGCGAUUUUGUUCAUCAGGGACGUGAAGUGCAGAUGCAACUAGCAACGACCUCAAAUAACUCCAGCUGCAGAAAGAACACAGGGCACAAUCGACUGAUAUCUGUUAAAAAGUUUGUAAGCAGUGUAAACACACUGCUCCAAAGGACAAGAGAUUUAGCUUCGAGCGUGCGGAUGGCCUGCGAAGAUAUGGACUUGGAAAAACUUGUUUCGUUACCAGAAGAAAUCUGCUCAUCGGCGGGAAAUAUUGUACGGCAAAAACGAGCGUUUAUCGAGACAGAAUAUUCAGCCUCUGUGGGGAGUAAUCAGGACAUUUUGGACGAAAUUGGAUAUUUGGAAAAGAAAUGCAAUGACGUUGAAGUAGCUGCAGGGGAUUUGAGGAAAACGGUGACGAAGUUUUUGUUCCUGAGUCCAGCGCCGAAGUCUUUGCAGAAAAAGAGAAACUACAAAGUGUUUGGGACUGAAGAUGAUCACUCGGACGUGACAAAUUACUCUCCGUUUAUCGGAGGAUCAAAUCAUACUAGGACACCGUUGGUAUCGCGCAGUAAAAAAUUAAUCAGUGGAAAAGAAUCGAGGAGCCCACGAAAAUUGUGGAGUAAAGAAUCGCCGGUUUAAUUAAUUCAGAAGAACAUGUAAUUCUAUUAACGAAAAAAGUGUGCUGUUUGUUUGAAGAUCGAUUGCUGAUGGUUUAUUCAGUAUUACAAGGUUAUUGCUGAUGGUUUAUUCAGUAUUACAAGGUUAUUCUAAUGAUACUCUCAAAUUGGUCAAAAGACCCUAAGUUAUAUUGCAGAAGAAAAUGUUCAUGUAAGGAUUCCCACCUUUGAAAUUUCUUUUCUGAAGGCAAAAGUGAUGGAUUCAUUUAAAUGGCGACACGUAAACACAGGCAUAAGGGUUACCCCAAAUAUCGUACUUGUUCAGGUGAAUCCUAAAGCCCACUUUUUCAUCUACGUAAAUUAUAGAGAACCCAGAUAAAUACUCAUUUCCUCAUUUCCGUGACAAAAUUGUCAACAACACUGGUUUUCCUUUGACACUCAACCAAAAAAUAAAUACUUGAUUUCAUUCGC